AUCCCUUUGAUUCAAAAUGGUCAAUGAAUGAUAUUCACAUCUUUUGUGAUAUAAGAGUUAUUAUUUGCUUUAAAGAAUUACUUUUUAAUCUCACAAUGGGUGAUGAAGGAGCUGACGAGGUUUUAAAACGUGUUCGAGAUAACAGUCAUGCCGAGAGAAUUAAAAGAAGAAAAGAAAUGUAUAGAAAGCAAAGGCAGUUAACUUCUGAACUUAGUCGUAUUGAAUUAACAAAAGAAUUUAGCGAAGAAGAAGUAAUAAAGACUGCUCGUAUGAUUUGUAAUGGUCCUAGUGAUUCAAGAGAACAGUCUUUAAUGGAUUUAAAGAAAGCCUUCAUCCUGGAUCAAUGUCAUAUGGUGUCUUUCAUGAAGGUUGAAGGUGCUUUACAUGCUUUAGUUGGGUACUUGAUGAGUAAGAAACCAGUGGAACAAUUGCUAGCAGCUGAAUGCUGCAGUAAUCUGGCUAUGGGUGAUUCUAAAACGUGUUUUAAGCUUGCUAAAUCUGCCUCUCCAUACCUUAUUACAAUAUUGCAAGGAUUGAACUAUAACUUAAUGAAUGUAUGCAUAAUUUCAUUAUUUAAUUUGAGUGGAAGUGGAGAGAAAAUAUGUGAUCUUCUGUAUUCACAAGGAAUUUUUAAUGCCUUAUUAAGAACAAUGUCUAUACCUGAGCUUCGAGAUAACACAAUCAAAACUUUGAUUUCGUUUACCAAAACUGGAUCGAAAAUCCUCGUAGAAGCUGAUGUGAAAAAUUUAUUAAAUGCUGUACUUCCUUAUUUUGAGAUGAUGGAUAAAGUACAAUGGCUAGUUUACCAAUUAACACCUUUUUCUUAUGUGAAUCCUUUUCUCCUCCAAAAUGAUGUCCAUUCGAGGAUACUGACAUUACUAAGCUCUCAUCGACAAAUUCGUAUUGAUAACAUUUUAGCAGUCACAUCUCUGGUGCGCAUUAUGGGUAACUUGAUUCCAGAUCCAGAAGGGAUCACUGCAUGCAUGUUGCUGAGAAGAUGGGAAACGACAUGUGAGGUCUUCAAGUUUUUUCUUACAUUAAAUUUUCCUCAUCUUGGCAAAGAAAUACAUUGGGUUCUUGCUAAUAUUGUUCACCAUCGAAACCCUCGAGUCCAGACACAGUUGGUAGGUGUAGAUGUUUCAUGGGCAAUUCUUGGAAUUGCUUCUCCUGGGUCUUAACCUGGUCCUCAUGCCAAAGAAAUUGCACUUUAGAUCACAGGUCAUCAACCUUUUUAAUACCUGUAUCCACUUAUUUAUCUUGGUUAAACAUACAAUUUCUUUACUACUCAUUAAUUCCCGUAUUUUGUGGUUCAACAGUUAAUAUCACAUAGUUCAUAUUAUUAUUCACACUAUCCUUUUUAAUUGUUCAAUACUGGGUGAGCCAUGUGGUAUUUACUAAGCUUCUUCUGAAAUAGCUUUUGUUAUUCAUCCAUCAAGUACAAAUUUCGCUCAGUGAAUAAUUACUACUCCCCACUGGUGCUAACAUCUACAAGUUGGUGGUCAUUACUGAUGUUCCCUAUGUCAGAUCAAAGAUUUUAAAAGAGGUAACCACCAAAAUAAAGGUUAUUCAUUUCUUAAUUUAAAUAAACUUAACAAAGAACGCCUUCCAUAUUUAAUUUUUAUGAAUGAGUUUUGUUGAAAAAUUUAACUUUGUAACUAAGUGUUGAGAAUAAAUAUUGUUUAAUUUUAACAAAAGUUUCAUAUAACAUAAUUUUUUAUGGAAAGAAAGGGU